AUUGCUGACGCCAACAGUCUGCAAAAAGCCAGCUCCGGGCCCGCUCUCCCUGAUUCUGUCACCAUGGUUGAAGAAAAGAAAGGGCCAGUUGCUAAGAAGGGCGCUAAGAAAGCGGUGAAGAGGGCGCCAGCGAAAGGCAGCAAGAAGAGGCGAAAGUCCAGGAAAGAAAGUUACUCCAUCUACAUCUACAAAGUGUUGAAGCAGGUUCACCCCGACACCGGGAUCUCCUCCAAGGCCAUGAGUAUCAUGAACUCGUUCGUCAAGGAUAUUUUCGAGCGUAUCGCAGGGGAGGCUUCCCGCUUGACCCGUUACAACAAGCGCAGCACCAUGAGCUCCCGGGAGAUCCAGACUUCCGUACGCCUGCUGCUGCCCGGGGAGCUGGCCAAGCACGCCGUGUCGGAGGGCACAAAGGCGGUGACCAAGUACACCAGCUCCAAGUGAAACGCCACUUGGCACUGAAAAACCCAAAGGCUCUUUUAAGAGCCACCCACAAAUUCCCUUAAACAGCUGAACCAUCGUGUCUCUAAUUUGCUUCGCGGUUGGUACAGGGAAAUAUUUAACUUCCAUUCUGCGACUGUCUUUUUUUUUAAAUGAGCUGUAAAUUAAUGUGUGCUUUAUUGAGUGAAAAUUGCCCAUCUACUUUUAUUUUCGAAAGAAAUAUCAUCUCGUCUCACCUUUUAGAAUGUGUCCCUGUCUUCAAGUGCCCGUCCCAUGGAAAAGACACCUGCCGCUCACCUUACCUAUCCCCCUCAUGAUUUUAUAAACCUCUAUAAAAUCACUCUUCGACUUCCGAGUCAUUUCUCAGUGACAUUGUUCAAAUCACCCUUUACUGGAUACCGCUGAGAUAUGAGCCCCCCUGUCAAACAAAAUAAACCUGUGCCCACAUUUGAUUCCCCCCGGUUGAAAGAGUUCGCGCGCCGUGAGGAAUUUCCCAAUUCCUCUACAGCUUCUAUUUUGCAGAAUAUUGUAAAUGAGCCUUCCUGUUGUUGGUGAGAGACUGUAAAAAUUAACCGAGAUAAAACCUGAACAGUUGUCGGACUGGUGUGCAAGCGCGGAAUUAUUCAGGUCUGCUAUAAAAAGAAAGGGCCGCUUUAAAAUAUUGUUUAAAGCAUUAAUACGCUCACCCGGAUGAACGUUGAGAUGUUUUAUCACUAUGUCGGGGUGCUCUUGAAAUGCGAAAAAAAUGAAUAUGUACAGAGGGCUGUUUGUGGCGCUUUUUUUUACGUUUCCGCCUUUUUUUACAGUUAAAAAAAAUCCCAUUCAGGAUCGGAAAUGGGCCGAGUGAAGUAGACGAGGGAAUGAGAUUUUAAAAAUUGUGUGGAAUAUCCAUUCGUAACCUAAAAGUAAAUUACCUCGUUAAAAAUACUUAUGCCUUCCACUUUGUAAAACUUCUUCCUUUUUUGUACAUAUUGGCGGGCUUUUCAAAUUUGGCAGAAAGCAGUUGAUCAUUUUGCGGAUUAGCGAAUGAAGCAAUGAGGUGAGGGUUAGGGCAUGGUUUAAUGCUUCUGUCACGGUUAAGGUUAGGGUUAUGCUCAGGGCUAGGUUGAGGUUUAGAUUUAGGUUUACGGUUGGGGCUAAGAUUACGGUUCAAACGACGGUUAGCGCAAUAAGGAGGGUUAUGGUCCGGGCUACGGAUUAGUUUAAGAUUAGGGCCAGAGCGAGAUUCAAUGCAGUGGUGAGAUAAGCAUAGAAAAUAGAACACAGAACAUUACAGCACAGUACAGGCCCUUCGGCCUUCGAUGUUGUGCCAACCUGUCAUACCGAUCUCAAGCCUAUCUAACCUACACUAUUUCAUGUACGCCCAUAUGCUUAUCCAAUGACGACUUAAAUGUACCUAAAGUUGGCGAAUCUACUACCGUUGCAGGCAAAGCGUUCCAUUCCCUUACUACUCUCUGAGUAAAGAAACUACCUCUGACAUCUGUCCUAUAUCUUUCGCCCCUCAAUUUAAAUCUAUGCCCCCUCGUGCUCGCCGUCACCAUCCCAGGAAAAAGGCUCUCCCUAUCCGCCCUAUCUAACCCUCUGAUUAUUUUAUAUGUCUCAAUUAAUCCACCUCUCAACCUUCUUCUCUCGAAUGAAAACAGCCUCAAGUCCCUCAGCCUUUCCUCAUAAGACCUUCCCUCCAUAUCAGGCAACAUCCUAUUAAAUC